UUUUUCUUUGCCCCCUCUUUAAAGAUUGGAGCUUUUAUGACGGGGAGAGAGAGAGAGAGAGAAAAGAAAGGGAGCAUUCGCGUCAAAGAUGGGGGUUUUCCCGGAGAAUCUUUUGAAGAACGAGGGAGUUUAGUAUUAGGGGGAAAUGUAUGCUUACGGUGAGUGCAUUUGUAACCAGAUCCCCUGUGCUUAUUUUUAUUUUUAUAAUAAUAAUAAGAAAAUGGGUCUUUCUUGUUCUGUGUGAUUGUGCAUCGCAGCAAUGAUUAGCUCCGUUGGUACUUGGCUUCAAAGGAAGGUGGUGGUGGUGUUUGACUUUGAAGCUGAAAGAGAGCCUUCUUGCUUCUGCUGUUUGAGGUCAUAUUGUUAGUUAUAGCUCCCACUUUUAUGGUCAUGGAGGUUGUUCUUGGUAGGUAUGGAUUGGUUUGAGAGUAAAGUUUUGAUCUUUUGGCAAGUAGGGAUAGAUUUAGGAGCUCUCUGCUUUAGUUGGUGAUUCAAGAAUAAGUCUAUGGUGGUUUAGUGUGUAGUUUGAAGGAUUCUUGCAGGCCAAAAGGUUGAAUGUUUCUUCAUCCUUAAACUUUGAUGGGUCUGGAGAAUGUUUGUGUAUGGGAGUACAGACAUCUUUUCCUUCUUGGGCUUCUGAAGGGAAUUGUUGAAUCUGAACCUUCUUCUUAGUUGAAACAGAUUGAGGUAGUUACCUGGUGUUUUAGUAGGUGGAAAGAUGGAUGAAGAGGUAUCUUGGAUUAGGAGAACAAAAUUCUCUCACACUGUUUAUCAUAGGUUAGAAGCAGCAAGGUUGACCUCCCUUCCUAUCAUUGUCCAGCCAGGCAGAAAUCUAGGCGCAAAACCGAAACCUGGGACAACCGUUGUUAAUCCUAUGACUCGGCCAACUGUUGCACAUAUUCAGCGCAACCCGUCUACAAACAAACAGCGGGCAGCAUCACCCCUCCCAGAAAUGAAACUGUCUGAUACCUUUAAGGAAGCUCGAUCUAAUUCGAAAAGGUUUUCAACUCCACACUCUCGGAGGAGGGAGCGUGAUAGUGGAAUUGUUGGCAAGUUCCUGCACAAGGAUUCCUUUGAUAAAAAGGUGAAUUCUUUGAAAUCAUCGGGUUCAAAUUCUCCGUUAACUUCAAGUCCACUUCGCCAUUUUCCUUUGGUGAAGUUCCACGAUAAAAUAAAAGGACGGAAGGAAUCAGCUUGGACAAAGUAUUUCGAUCACAGUGGGGGAAGAGUUACCUCUGUAGAUUCGGUGGAUGACUGUAUGAUUGAUCUUUCUGAGCUUUUUCUCGGGCUUAGAUUUGCACAUGGAGCACAUAGUCAACUUUACCAUGGGAAAUACAAGGAUGAACCCGUUGCAGUGAAAAUUAUCAGAGUGCCAGAUGAUGAUGAAAAUGGAAAUCUUGGAUUUAGGUUGGAGAACCAGUUUAACAGGGAAGUUACUCUAUUAUCCCGCCUCCACCAUCAAAAUGUUAUAAAGUUUGUAGGUGCAUGCAGAAAGCAGCCGGUUUUUUGCAUCAUCACUGAAUAUCUAUCGGAGGGUUGUUUGAGAGCAUUUCUUCACAAGCUUGAUCACAAGUCUCUCCCUUUACAAAAACUGGUUGUUAUGGCUUUGGAUAUCGCAAGGGGGAUGGAAUACAUUCAUUCACAGGGCGUUAUCCAUAGGGAUCUCAAACCGGAGAAUAUACUUAUCAACGAGGAUUUCCACCUGAAAAUUGCUGAUUUUGGUAUAGCUUGUGAAGAGGCAUAUUGUGAUCCUCUAGCGGAUGACCCUGGUACGUAUCGUUGGAUGGCUCCCGAGAUGAUCAAGCGCAAGCCCUAUGGUCGGAAGGUUGAUGUGUACGGAUUUGGACUCAUUUUAUGGGAAUUGGUGACCGGAUCCAUCCCCUAUGAAGACAUGACACCCGUGCAAGCUGCUUUCGCUGUGGUGAACAAGAAUAUGAGACCAACGGUACCUGUGGACUGCCCUCCCGCCAUGAAAGCUUUGAUCGAACAAUGUUGGUGUUUGCACCCUGAAAAGAGGCCCGAGUUCCCACAGAUUGUGAAGUUGUUAGAGCAGUUCGAGUCCUCACUUGCAGACAACGGAACUCUAGACAAUCUAGUACCAAAUUCAACAUUUCAAGAUCACAAAAAGGGGCGCCUUCUCCACAGGAUCCAAAAACUUGGCCCAACACAGUCAAACACCUCGACUAUGCCUAAACCGAAGUUUCCAUAGCUUCUGUAGUUUCUCCAGGCCCCCGUGAAAUCAAAAGGGUUCGACUCUUAGCAUUUGGUUGUGUCUUAGCUUGCGUCGUUUGUGAAUGUUAGGUCAUACAGGUGAAUGUUCUUGUAAUUUUGGAUGGUAGAUGCAAAAACAGUUGUCGUUUCAUUUUGAGCAUGACUGUAAAUGUCUGCUAGGCUAGGCGUUGCUUGAUUUAAAUAAACUCCAGAUUAUAUGGUGUUCCUAAUUUGGUAGCCCAUAGUGUUUCUGUGUUAUGAUUGCUACUGGACAUGGCGGCCAACUUCUAAAUUUUGCGCAGGUUGUAGUCUUGUAGAUGAUAUAUGAUGUAAUAAAGGGUAUAUAACAGUUUGCAAUACUCAUUCUGAAUGAUAAUGAACUUGAGGAA